AUGGCACUUCUGCUACCAGCUAUGAAGAAACCGUCCCUGGAUCAUGAAGAAUUUUUAAGCUUUCGACCAAUUUCCAAUUUGAAAUUUUUGUCAAAGGCUGUUGAAAAAGUUGUUGCGUCCCAAGUUGAUACUUAUAUUAGGGAUAAUAACUUGUAUAAAGUGUAUCAAUCAGCCUAUAAAAAGUAUCAUAGCACUGAAACUGCUUCAGUUAAAGUUCAAAAGGAAAUUCUCCUGGCAUUAGACAAUCGGUCAUCG